GCAAUUCCCUUCCCAGUUGAACCAAUUCCCUUUGCACCCAUAACUCAAAUGACCAUUGCCUCUAGAGCUCUCUUUCUCUUCAAUAAAUCACUCACAACAGCAAUCACUGUAACGACAACACCAAAGUCCAAAAAUUGGAGAAACCAAUUCAAACAAACCCAAUUAGUUACCCAAAUUUCCUCUAUUCUCUUACAAAGACAAAAAAUCCAGUGGCCUUCACUUCUCAAGAACCUCAAACUUUCUUCCUCACAAUUAACUCCAUCGCUCUUCCUUCAAAUCCUCCACAAAACCCAAAAUACCAACCCACAAGUCUCUCUACAUUUCUUCCAUUAUGCAAAGAACAAUCUUGGGUUCCAACCUGAUGCCAAAGUUCUUUGUACACUUGUACAUGUGCUUCUCGGGUCCGGACUAUUCAAACCCGCAAAACCCAUAAUGGAUUCUCUCAUUCAAACAUACCCACCAACCCAAAUUGUUGAUUUCUUGAUUCAGUCAUUCAAAGCUGCUGAUUUUCACAUUCAGGUUUCAGUCUUGAGCUCAGUUCUUGAUUGUUAUUGCAAUAAAGGUUUGUUCUUUGAAGCUCUUCAGGUUUAUAGAAAAGCUAGAGAAUAUGGUUAUUUUAUAUCUAUUGAUAGUUGCAAUACAUUGCUUAGUUUGCUGUAUAGAAAGAAUGAGUCAAGACUGGCUUGGUGUUAUUAUGGUUCUAUAAUUAGGAAUGGGGUUCAGGAGAAUGUGCUUACUUGUUCCCUAAUUGCUCAGAUGCUUUGUAAAGAUGGGAAAUUUGAGAAAAUUAUUCCUAUUAUUGACAAGGGUUUAUGUAGUCCUGUUAUGUAUAAUAUACUUAUAGACUGUUACUCCAAAAGAGGGAAUUUUGAAGCUGCAUUUGGAUAUUUAAAUGAUAUGUAUAGGAAAUGUAUUCAUCCUACCUUUAGUACUUUUAGCUCAAUUCUUGAUGGUGCUUGCAAAUAUCAAAGUGCCGAAGUGAUGGACUCAGUGAUGAGUACCAUGGUGGAGAAAGGACAUAUUCCAAAAGUUUUGUCGGCCGAUUACAAUUAUGUAAUUCAGAAGCUCUCUGAUUUGGGAAGGACAUAUGCAGCUGAAUUAUUUUUCGGGGAAGCUUCUGAAAAAAAGAUUGAGCUGCCAGAUAACACUUAUGGCUCUAUGCUAGGGGCACUUUCCAAGGAAGGUAGAGUUGACGAUGCUAUUUCGAUGUACAACAUUAUACUUGAGAGGAAAAUUUUCGUCAGUGACAAAUGCUAUAGUGCCUUAAUGAGUGUCCUAUGCAAUGAAAAUCCAUCAGACGAAGUUAGCAGUUUGUUGAAAGAUUUAAUAGGAAGAGGAUUCACUCCUCCCAUUUCUCAUGUGUCUAAAUUUAUUGUUUCUCAGUGUGAAAUGCGUAAGUGGAAAGAAGCUGAGGAGCUUCUGAAUGUUAUUCUUCAGAGAGGACUUCAGCUUGAAUCUUUUUGUUGUCGCUCUUUGGUGCGGCACUAUUGCUUUAGCAGAAGGAUUGAUUCUGCCAUUUCUUUACAUACUGAACUAGAGAGACUUGGUGUUGCUUUAGAUAUCGAGACCUACGGUAUACUACUUGACAGGCUGUUUAAAUCAAGACGGCACGAAGAAGCUAUAAGGAUAUUUGAUUACAUGGGAGCUCAUGACAUGUUAAGCAGUGAAAGUUUUUCAAUCAUGAUUAGAGGGCUAUGUCAGGAAAAGGAAUUUAGGAAAGCAAUGAGAUUGCAUGAUGAGAUGUUGAAAUUGGGGCUUAAACCCGACAAAAAAGCAUAUAGGCGUUUGAUUUCUGGGUUUGGCUAAAUAAUAUAGUCUCAUUUAUAUUUGAUCUCUUAGCUUACUGUACAUAUGUACAGUAUGUCUGCUCAUCUGAGAUUAGAUUUCAGUGAUGCUCGCUUUCCGUAGCCAUCCAAUUUUCACAUCUCUAUAUGCACAACAACUAGAACAACAUACGAGGAGAAAUGUGAAUCUGUCCUCUACUUACAACAGAUUUUCAGCUGUCAAGGAAGAUGAUCUUUGAAAGAAACGGAUGAUGACGUAUCUUGAAAACAAUAAAGUGGUAAUUUUUUUUUGAGCUUCAAGAAUCUUAAUGUGCAGUCAAUUUAGUUUAUGUAAUUCACAUCUCUUAAUACUUUUAAUUUGUCAACAAGUAUUUUUUCAAAGGUCUCAUCGUUGUUAUGAUUCAUAUUCAACAUAUCUGCAACUUUUCUAUUCCCUGAAUAUGUUUCUAAAGAUUGAGACUUGAAUUACAUGAUUAAUUUUUGUAGCCAAAUCAAGAAUCCAAAGUUGAAUUUUUGUUAGGGAAUUCUUUCACAGUUGUAGAAGCAUAAAUAUCCAAAGCAUAGAAUACACCUGAAUAAGAAACAAAAACUGAAAAAGUGAGGAGCUGUACCAUGGUUUCAAGUAGCAGAAGAGGAUUAUGCUCAAAAGUGUGAAAAUCCAUUUUAGUCUCUCUUGACAUUAAGAUGUAUAGCAAAAUAUCUAGUAUCUUGAAAUUUGAAAAAAUGCAAGACUUUUCUAGCUGAUGACAGAUUUAACAAGUUACCAACUUGAGAAUUCGUAAUAACUUCCCAAAGUAGAGCAGAAAGCGGGAAAAGAAUUGGAAAGUGCGAAGAGAAUUGGACAAAAAUUGAAACAAAAUCAGAACCGAAAUUAAUUGUAAUACCCAACCGAGAAGACGAAAAGAACUGAAUGAGUAAUCUUUGAAAUGAAUAAAGUGAAGGACAAAGAACAUUGAAGAGAGAGUUUGGGCAGAACCAUAGCAACAACAGGCAUGGAUUUUAGCUUUGAGCCUAUGACAUUGGAAAAUCUGAAGAGAGCUUGAAGAAGAUUUGGGAAAAAAUUAAAGAAAAGCAUACCUGAAAUAGCGAUAGCUAGCUGAGAAGAUGAAGAGAAGUGAAAGAGUAGUAUGAAAUGAGAAGAGCAGCCUUGCGUCUGAAUUUUAGAAUGAGAAAGACAAAAGGACAAAAAGCACCAUUUUAAUAGAGACGUCUAAAUUACUAUUCUACCCUUGGUCGACCUCUACUUCGCUCUUCUAUAUAAUAGGAAAAUCUGGCACUUAUGGUUAAAACUAAAUCCAUUUUUGUCUCUAAUUAUUGUUGGAUUUUCCUAAGGCUUCUAUCAUCAUGGGAAAACAGAGUCGUAAGUGCAAUUUUGUAUGUAUCUGGAGGUAUUUAGUAAAUAAGUUGCAACUCAAUGAGAUGAUACAAUAUGCAUAAUGAACUUCUGCACUUGCAAGCCUUUAGGACAAACCUGCAUGUCCUCAAUCAGGAGAAAUAACUAAGACUUGCAUAUGCUGCACUCUUGUUACCACCCUGUCCCCCUCUCUGGCUUGAUUUUCAUCAUUAUAGCUUACCACAUUCAUUAUGUAAUUUUAACUGAAAUGAGAUGUCAGCCUUGCCUCUUUACUCUUCUAUGUUUUAAGUUAUUAUAAACAUAUAUUAAGUGGAACUCACAGUUUCUUUUUGCUGUUUAAUAUAUCCACUUAUAUUCAUCUCUUCUUCAUUGAUAUAGUAUUUAAGUUGCGAGCGUCAUAACAGUUAAUGAUAUGUGGUCUGAAGUCGUUAUAGUAUUAAUGGAAAUUUAUCAAGGGUAAUCUCAAGUCUCAACAUUGAACACCACUGCUGAUAUGGGUGAUCAUAGGGAAUCUCCCCUAGUGCUGAUUAGGGAUGAAGGUAUUACAGGCAGAAAAAUGGUGAGGACUCACACUCAAAGUUCUUCCCAACGCAGUGCAAACAUCAAACAUAAGCUAGAAGAUGGACCCUUAGUGGCGUAAUUAGUGCUGAUAGUGAUGUAGAGAAGUGCUUCAGUUUCAAAUUUUACUCCUGCUUCUUUUAUAUGGUUUUUUCCUAGAAGAUUAUUUGAGAUCCCUGUGAUCAGACUUACCCGAGAAAGAGGUAGCCAAGGGUUCUCUAGGGGAAAAUAAAGAGCACCAAGGAGGUGGCAAGCGGUAACUUGGAUGAUCUAAUUGGCAGUUGUAGUCUAGUUUUGGUUAUAAGGAGUUUCCAAAGCAAUCACUUGGUGUUAAAACCAAAAGCAGGAGCAUCAAUGCCUUGUUGUGACGCCCAUGUCGGAGGGCGGGUCAAGCAUGACUGACAAGCUUCUGAAGGGAGUGCACAUGUCACCUUAGGCGAAUCCCAAAUCGAAAUGGGAGAGGAAAAUGAAGAGCUCCAUAAGGCACAACACAACUUCACAUGGUACGCAUGCUUUUGGGCUCGAUGAUAGAUAGCCCAAGGGGAAAAUCUAUGAGGUCUGUUGGGCUAAAUUGGAUAAUAUGUGCCAUGGACUUGGGUCGUGACACUUGUACAUGCGUUUGCUUAGUAAAUGUAAAAGCAGAUGCUUCUACUUGGUGAAAAUUUGUGCCUCUAUAAAUUCCAGAAGGUGCGAAAUAUGAUCUACAUCUCUUUUGCAAUGUGAUGGCAGUUGGACAUGGUUUUUAGGAGCAAGAUAUCUCUCCAACUUCCAUUUCUUCGCUUUGUUAUGUUCCAAAUUCCUACAUCUUGUCCGAAGUUUCCACUCAUUUCAGUUUUACAGACUUAAAAAUGCCCUUUGUGAACUGCCAUUUUCUUGGGGGUUUAAUCAUUGCAAGAUAAAUAUGGAAAUGCAGCAAGUGAGGCAUCUUGACUUCGUCAAUAGUUUUUUAUUCUACGGAAUCAGCAAACAGUUUGAACAUAAAUCCGUAAAGGAUCAUGCAAUUUGCUUAUAUAGUACUUGCCUUAAAUUGAAGAAAGUCACUGUACCAGCGUUUUUUUGCCAUGGGAGAAGAUGAUGAUUCAAACAGACAGCUAAUGCUUUGCUAGUCCAAUUUAUGAUCCAAAUUCUGCUGCUUGAUUUGACAUAUUACUACUGCACCAGGAGAUCAGCACUAUAUACUUCUUGUGCCAAAAUUUCUGAAGUGCUGUGGAUCCAAUUUAUGCUAAAUGAACAUUUCCUUGAUCUUGUAGGAAGAGCUACCUUUUGCAGCUGAAAUUAGUAGAGUUGCCUAAUUGUAGACUUGUAGUGCUGCAGCUUAUAUUUUAAUUGAUUACUAUUAAUAUUUGGGAUA